UUUAUUAAAAUUUGGUGUCAUAGUAUUAAAGAUGUCUAAAGAGCUUAUAAUUUAUCAGCAUCCGAUUUCCCCAUUUGCUGCUACUGUUGUGGCUGUUGCCAACUACUUCAACAUUGAGCACACUGAGUACAGAAUUGAUCUUGCUAUGGGAGUUCAAAAGCAAGAUUGGUUCUUGAAAAUCAACCCAGCAGGUAAGAUACCUGCUAUCAAAGAUGGAGAUCAUUGAAUGGGAGAGUCUCUCGAUAUCUGUAAAUACCUUAUUGAGAGCAGAGAGCUUGACACUGCCUUUUAUCCAUACAGAGAUGCUGCCAAAGUAAAAGAGAUCAAUGAUCUCAAAGACAAAAUUAAAGAUCUCGAACCAACUGUCUUGGAAGUAGCUAAAGCUUUCUGGGUUGAACCAUGGAUGACUGGAUGUGCCUUCCCAGAUGGUGAGAAAGGAGACAAGAUCAUGAAGGAUGUAUAUGAUCAAUUUACCAUCAUGGAGGAGCAUCUCAGCAGUAAUGGAACCAAGUUCCUUCACGAUGACAAGCAAAUUGGCAUUAUUGACUUCUGGGCUUUCAACCUUGUCUUCUCUCUAGUCGAUAAAGAACUAGUCUACUUAGAUAAGUGGCCAAAGCUAUCUAAAUGGUUUGAUGCUUGUGCCCAAGUUCAAGCUCUAGAUGACAUCAGAACAAGAUCAAGAAGAUACUUCAAGUUCUUUGAUUUCUUGUUCAAGACAUUGUAUCCAACAAUAAGAUUUGUGACUUGCAGACAAUUCGGAGUAACUUUACCUGGUCAAUAA